AUGGCAUCUGCCCUAGAAACGCUCAACAACCUCGCCUCGUCUGCCGCAAAGGCCGUCUGGGGCGAGAGCAACGACGCUGAAACCCACAAAGAGCCCAUCUCAGGCGCCACCGGCGAUGUCUCCAAGGGCGAGCCAUACGACGCCGGCAACUUGGACCCCCAAGCCCAGAGCAAGGUUGAAUCCAGCCUCAAGGGCGAAGAAGCAGCGCCCUCAGAUCUCGACGACCAAAACUACACCCUCUCAUCCUCCAAAAAGGACGAGGGCGUCCUCUCCGCCGCCGCCACCUCUGCCACCAAUGAGGGCGUAAGCGAGCCCCGAAGCGCCCCGACAACCGGCACCGCCAACCCCGAGGAGGGCAAGCCUCUCGACGAACUCACCGGCAAAGGCCCCCGACCGGUUGAGGAGCUGGCAAAGGAAAACGACGGCAACGCUGCUGCUGCUGCUGCUGCUCCUGUUGCUACUGAAACCGAUUCUUCCACUGCAGUCUCUGCUCUUACGCCGGAGGAAAAGAAGCCUGAGCUCUCAGGCACCGAGCAGAAGAGCAACACGCACGAGGCUACGGAAGACGAAUACGUCAAGUCUUCGGGUCUCGCAGCCGACGGAGGCGAUUUCGAUGUUACGAAACCCGGCGCCGGCCUAGAAGCUGAUCGCUUAAUGGAACAAAAAGGCAUCAAAGUCGACGACGCCGAGCCCAAAGACAAAAACAGCAGCAGCAGCAGCAACGGCGGCCGCAAGAGCUCCGACUCAAGCCGCAAGGACAAGCCCAAGCUGAAAGAGCGAAUCAAGACCAAGCUGCACAUGCAUUAA